AUGAUCAUCAAUGAAAUCGUGUACAAAUUUCUCGUCCGGUGGCGGGACUUCUUCGGAUUGAAGUCGGGAAGUCCAAUGUUGCUGCACCAUUUGGCCGAGCGGGAGCUGGGUCUCUUCAGCCUGGUCUUCGCCUACCUGGACGGCCGCACCUGCGCCCACGUCGCGGCGCUCGGCUGCUGGGCGAGCCCUGCAGCCUCGAGGGCCUCGGCGGAGAACGUCAAGCUUAGACUGCGAAGUGCCGGCCUCCUUUUAAGCCGGUGGCAAGGAGGAAGGUACGAGGGGCCUCCGUUUCUACAGCAGCACGACCUCGAAACCGCCGCGCGGCAUUUCGCGACCAUUGCGGGAAGAUAUUCGCUGCCUGAGUACGACUGUACUUUGGACAUCCAGCCCGAUGGCUCUUUUCGCAACUAUGGCUCCCAGCACGAAAUGGUGGGACAGGCGACCAUCGCUGGGGUGCUGCAGGCAGGCCGUGUGCCUGCGUCCUCGCUUGCGGAUGUGCCCGAAGGAAUGCAGGUGUGCUAUAUCUGCGAGUUGGACAGGUGGUACAUCCGCACCAUGAUGGAUGGAAAGGAGAUGACACCAGAAGAUCUGGAGUUCACCGGGCCUGGCUACCAGACAUACUCGGUACUGAUGGACUUCUUUCGGCGGGCAGACACGGAUGGUUCCGGCGAGGUCUCCAAGGACGAGUUCAACAAUAUGUUGAUGUGCACCGACAUCAUGAAGACGGUGAUGGAGGAAUCCUCCAUUGAUGCCCAGGAUCUGGGUGAGCUGUUCGAGUGGCUCGACGGUGACAAGGACGGUCUGGUGAAUAUCGAGGAGUUCCUGAGGGGCUUUCGCUGGCUCGUGGCCACCGUUGACCCCAAGGGCCUCCUAAAGCUGGAGGAGGAGCUCGCUGGCGACUUCCAUCGACUAACGAGGCGCAUGGUUCUGCAUGUGAACCAGUGCUUCGACCAGCUGCUAGAGUCCGUGAGCGUGCCUCUCAAAAAGAUCAGCGCCAUCACAGAGCAGAUCCAGCGAAUGGAUCGCCUCAUCGGUUCGCUUCAGAAGAGCCCAGACGAGAUGGACGGCAAAGCCGGCUGGUCCAGCUUGGACCUGACGGAACGCCGCCUGGCCGUGAGACUUGACACGCUCGCCAAAGCCGUUGAGAAGCUUGCCGAGCUGGAGGCACAGGGCCUGGUGAAGCUGAGCGAAGACGCCCAGCUGGAGGUAGACCUGGACAUCGACAUCUCGAACUCGCAGCUGCUUCAGAGCCGAAGCUUGCCCAUGUUCCGAGCCAAUGCCACCGACCGGGCCUCCAGUAUGGCGGAGGAGGACGAUUCUCAGCAGGAGGACCUUAUUUUCUUCGAGCCCGCGAUGGAGACGCUUAGCGACAUGGCCAACGACGACGACGAGCUUCCCAAAGGCAUCAGCAAAGCAAAGCGCGAGCCCUUUCCGAACAUCGGGGGCGGUGGCCCCGGCCUGGGCCGCCGUGGCUGCCAGGUCUGA